AUGUCGAGCCAACAGGUGCUGCCAGAGGGACACUUCUUGUUCACGUCGGAGUCGGUCGGUGAAGGACACCCAGACAAGAUCUGUGACCAGAUCUCUGAUGCCAUCCUGGAUGCGUGUUUGCAGCAAGACCCGAACUCGAAAGUCGCUUGUGAGACGGCGGCCAAGACGGGUCUGAUCCUUGUGUUCGGAGAGAUCACGUCGAAGGCGCAGCUUGAUUAUCAGAAGAUCAUCCGUGACACGAUCAAGGAGAUUGGUUACGACUCGUCUGACAAAGGAUUCGACUACAAGACAUGCAACGUCAUGGUCGCUAUUGAGCAGCAGUCGCCUGAUAUUGCGCAAGGUCUGGACCACGGUGAACUGGAGUCACAUGGUGCUGGUGACCAGGGUAUCAUGUUUGGUUAUGCUUCGGAUGAGUCGCCGGAAUUGAUGCCGUUGACUGUCGUUUUUGCACACAAGCUGAACCAUGCGUUGUCGGCUGCACGUCGCAACGGCCACCUGCCGUGGCUCCUGCCUGACACAAAGACGCAGGUUACGAUUGAGUACAAGAAGGACGGUGGCGCUGUUGUGCCUGUGCGUGUGGAUACAAUUGUCGUGUCAACGCAGCACACAGAUGACGUGUCGACAGAGGAGCUGCGUGAAAAGAUCAAGUCGGAGAUUAUCGAGAAGGUGAUCCCCUCGAACAUGCUUGAUGAGCGCACCGUUUUCCAUAUCCAGCCAUCAGGUCGCUUUGUGAUUGGUGGUCCACAGGGUGAUGCUGGUCUGACGGGCCGGAAGAUCAUUGUCGACACGUACGGUGGCUGGGGUGCUCACGGCGGUGGUGCAUUCUCCGGCAAGGACUUUUCGAAGGUCGACCGCUCGGCUGCUUACACGGCGCGCUGGAUUGCCAAAUCGCUUGUACAUGCGGGCCUUGCUCGUCGCGCGCUUGUGCAGCUGUCGUACGCCAUUGGUGUAGCUGAGCCGCUCUCGAUCUACGUCGACACGUAUGGAACAAGCUCCAAGAGUGAUGCGGAGCUUGUUCAGAUUAUCCGCAACAACUUUGACCUGAAGCCAGGUGUCAUUGUGCGUGACCUUGAGCUGCAGAGGCCCAUCUACCGCCAGACUGCCUUUGGCGGUCACUUUGGUCGCUCAGAGUUCUCUUGGGAGCAGCUGAAGCCGCUCAAGUUCUAA